GGGGCGGGGCCCGGGGGCAAGAUGGCGGCCUCGCGGCGAGGGAGAGCUUCUGCCACGGUGCUCUCGUCGCUCCCUCUGCAGGCGCUGCUCCAUCUGAGUGGGGCGUAUUACUCUCUUUACUUCCUGGCCACGCUCCUGCUGAUGGCGUAUAAAAGCCAAGUUUUCACCUAUCCUCACGGCUUCCUGGUCCUUGACCUGACUCUGCUCUUCCUGAUGGGGAUUCUGGAAGCAACGCGGCUGUACCUCGGCACCAAGGGCAACCUGACGGAGGCCGAGAUGCCGCUGGCCGCCAGCCUGGUCCUGACUGUGGGCGGCACCCUGCUGGCCAUCUACUUCCUGCUCUGGCAGACCCUGGUGCUGCGGGCAGACUGGGUCCUCAGCGCCACGCUCCUGGCGCUUCAUGGCCUGGAGGCCGUCCUGCAGGUGGUGGCCAUCGCCGGCUUUGUCAGCUAGGCCCCUGCGGCAGCCCCGGCCAGGAGCCCUUCCUGAGGGCGAGACAGCCUGCCAGCCGUUGCCCCGGGGGAGGGCGUCCUUCUGCUGAUGGGCCAUGACCUUGGAGGGCCUGGCGGCCUGGGUGAUCUCUGAGUCCUUGAGGCGGAGAUGGGCUCAGGAGCCAGGGCAGAGCGAAAUGCUGGGGCAGGUGGGGGGCCCAGCGGAAGCCGGGACUGCCCGGGCAUCCUCCUCACGAAGCACAGGCCCCGCUUGGCUGGCAGGACCUCCAUUCAGUAACCACCCUGCCCCCUGAGCCGGAAGGCAGCGAGGGGCCGGGGACGAGCCCCGGGCCGACGCUGCUCUGCCUCUUCCACAAGAGAGAGAUGCCAGGUAGCCAGGGCUUCUUCCCCCCGGGGACACAGGAAAGGCGAGCUUGAAGCGCCAGUGCCCAGGGGACAGAGCGCCUCCCUCAGCAGGACGUUGGCCCUGGGCACCGGGGACUUUGCCAGGGGGACCUUUGCCCACUCACAGACCCACUCCAGUGCCUCUGGAAGAAACCUGAGCUGAUGUUUUCUGGUAACUUUCAUUUGUUUCAGUUGUACAUUUUCUGUGUUUGGAAUAAUACCGUGUUUGAAUAUCUAGA